GCGCGGCGGGCGAGUGAGGGCAAGCGGGUUCUGUUCUGAGCAGAGGCGGCCAUAUUGAAUAAAAUUUUCCAAAGUCGAUGCAUGAGUGACUCAGCUUUCGAAGUUUCUAUUUAAUUUACGUUUUGUGGUCGUCCUACAUUUCGUGACUCUAAUUUAUCUUGUGCAGAGUGGAGGUGUUCAGUGAUUUGAGUGACUAGAGUCGCUAAUUUCGUUGUGAUAGUGGUUCGUCGAACUGAGCUUUCAUGAUUGGAUUACCGCGUAGCGAUAGAGAUAGAGAUCGAAUAACGGUGAAAAUUCGUAACAUGAAGAGGAGUUCGUCAAGGGAUAGUAUGCCGCGAUCAAAAAGAACACGGAGUAGUAUAGGCAGGUACGAUGACAGUUCCGAUGAGCGGGUCACCCCCGAGCGGGUGCGACGGCGGGUGCGAUCGCCGAGCCCCCGAGGGCGGUACGUGUCGCCACACCGUGAUGAUUAUGUCCGAUCGCGUGACGUCAGAGAGGACUCUGUGCGUCCUUAUUACAAAGUUUUAUGUGUUAGUGCAUUGCACCCAAAAGCUUCUGAUGAAAUUGUCAAGGAUACUCUGUACAGGGAGUAUAAGAAGUUUGGUGACUUUAGCAUUAAGAUUUCUCAUGAAUUGGACGAAAGGGUGGCAUAUGUUUGCUUCCGGAGUGUAGAAGACGCUAGGGAUGCGAAACAUGCCAAGCCUAGAAUAGUAUUGUAUGACAAGGUUGCUAUUGUUGACCCAGUGUAUGAGCCUGUUCGUGCAGAAUAUAGAAAUAGACCGAGAAGCAUCUCUCCACCUGAUUAUGAACGGCCUUACUCUUAUGCCUGGUCCCCUGUGCCGGAGCGGCGUCGGCCUCCACCUGAUGAUAGGGCCUACGGCAUCCCACCAACAGUGCCACCUCACCACAGAGAUUUUCGUCCUCCCAUGCAUGAAUACCCCAUGGCAGGGCCACAUGGUCCACCAAUGCACCACAGGCCACCAAUGCAUCAUCCACCACACCCUCAUUACAUGCCCCGUCCAUAUAUGCCUCGCCCCCAUCAUCCACCAUUUGAAAAGAUUGAAAAUAAAAAAGACAAGUUCCCCAACUAUUUGCACCAUGUCCAGCCAGAAGAUGAUCCUUUAGCUACAAGGACUCUCUUUGCUGGUAACCUGGAGAUUAACAUAUCAGAUGAAGAGCUCCGCCGUAUCUUUGGCCGUUAUGGAAUAGUAGAGGAUAUUGAUAUAAAACGCCCACCACCUGGUACAGGAAAUGCAUUUGCAUUUGUUCGCUAUCAAACUUUAGAUAUGGCUCACAGGGCUAAAGUAGAACUUUCAGGCCAGUACAUUGGCAAAUUUCAGUGUAAGAUAGGAUACGGUAAGGCUACACCUACUACUCGUGUAUGGGUUGGUGGUCUGGGUCCAUGGACUUCUGUUGCCCAAUUAGAGCGGGAAUUUGAUAGGUUUGGAGCUAUCAAAAAGAUUGAAUAUGCUAAAGGGGAACCUCAUGCAUACAUUUUGUAUGACUCGAUUGAUGCAGCUCAAGCUGCUGUUAAAGAAAUGAGAGGAUUUCCACUUGGUGGAGCUGAAAGACGGCUCCGCAUCGAUUUCGCCGAUGUUGGCACUGGAGGUCCAUACAGACCUAAGCCAUAUGCUCCUCCUGUUGGUGAAGAUGGCAGGCCUGUAGAGGGGUAUGAAGGUUAUGAGGGCUGGGAGGAAGGUUAUGCUUAUGGAACGCCAGGUUACAGAGGAAGAGGUGGGCACCGCGGUCGUGGGCGAGGAAUGUAUAGGGGAGUGUAUCACGGCUCAGGUGACUAUCGUGACGAAGAAUGGAGGCGCGCUCCAACUGAUCCAGAGUAUGAGGGAAGACCCCGCCGCUCUGGAUCCCGUGAGCCGGGUGUCGAUCGAUCGCGCUCACGAACACCUCGCCGUCGUUCUCCAGACAGUGACUCGGAUGGAUCACCCCGUCGCGGGGGCGGCAUGCUAGCUUCAGCUAGGACACUGCCUGAAGUUGUUCGCAAAGCUACCACAAUUUGGAAUGGAGCACUAAUCCUCAAAAACUCACUAUUCCCAACCAAGUUCCACUUGACUGAUGGGGAUUCCGAAAUUAUAGACAGUCUCAUGAAAGAUGAAGAUGGCAAAAAUCAACUAAGAAUUACGCAGAGGCUGCGUCUUGAUCAACCAAAAUUGGAUGAUGUUCAGAAGCGUAUUGCUACAUCAAGCUCACAUGCCAUUUUCUUGGGUGUCGCUGGGUCAACAGCUUCUAUCACAAAUGAGGAUGCUAGCAUUCAGACUAGACCAAUGAGGAAUUUGGUGUCCUAUUUAAAACAGAAAGAAGCUGCUGGUGUUAUUUCCCUACUGAACAAAGAGACGGAGGCAACAGGUGUACUGUACUCCUUCCCUCCUUGUGAGUUCUCUACUGAGCUUCUGAAGCGAACAUGUCACAACCUCACAGAGGAGAGUCUGAAAGAGGAUCAUUUGGUUAUAGUAGUGGUGAGGGGUGGGUCGGCCUAGCAUGAACAGGAUAGUUAGAUGUACACAUUUGAGUUUACAAGAACUAGCUUAAGACCUUUAAAAAGUUAACUUGUCUUCUGAUUAUAACUUUAUUAUGUAUACUUGUGAUGUGUAGUGAUGUGUGGUGUUUGUAAACUAAGUUCUGUGAGAGUUUCACACAACUUGUGCAAGUGCUGUGUUAGCCUUGUAGUGACAACAAUAAUUGUUAUUGCAAAUAUGUAGAUGAGAUAGUUUUGCUAGAAUAACAGCAAAUUAUUUUUUUUGAACAUUUUUAAGUGUAUAUUUAUUAUGAUAAAAGUUUUAGUGUAUACUUAUUCAGUGUAUGUUAGGUGAUGUGUAGUGUAAGUGUGUGAACUUGCAAAUAGAAUAUUUCAUCUUA